AUGACAAGCAGCUCCGCUCCGUCACGCAAGGCUUUAAGCAAGAUCGCUUGCAACAGACUGCAAAAAGAGCUCGCAGAAUGGCAGCUCAAUCCUCCUUCAGGUUUCAAGCAUAAAGUCACUGACAACCUCCAACGAUGGGUGAUCGAAGUGAAUGGAGCCGCAGGGACUCUGUAUGCCAAUGAAACUUAUCAGCUUCAAGUUGAUUUCCCUGAACAUUACCCCAUGGAAGCACCACAGGUGAUUUUUGUCCCACCGGCUCCUCUGCAUCCUCACAUCUAUAGCAAUGGACAUAUCUGUUUAGAUAUACUGUAUGAUUCAUGGUCCCCAGCUAUGACUGUUAGUUCUAUCUGUAUCAGCAUUCUCUCUAUGUUAUCCAGUUCAACAGUGAAGCAACGUCCUGCCGAUAACGAUCGUUAUGUGAAGAACUGCAGGAGUGGCCGAUCUCCUAAGGAGACAAGAUGGUGGUUCCAUGAUGAUAAGGAGGAAGGUAGGUUUACCACUGCGAGGGCUCCUCCUGUUUGCCCUUUGCCUGAAGAACGAGGCUCGUCCAUAGUCGAAGGCACAAAUGAGAAGCUUCUGAAUUCUUUUGUUUCUAGCAAUAAGAGAAGGAGGUGGGUGGUUGAGGAGGAGGAGGUAGCAGUGGUGGAUGGGGAUGGGGAGGAAAAGGUUGUGUUGGUGGUGACUACUAUAAAUGGGCUGAUUGUGGUGGGAAAGGGAAGGGGAGAGGAGGGAGAAGCACCAACAACCACCCAAUGCAUAGGAAGAGAUUUCAGCAAUCAAGAGUUCGAGACUGCAACCUUGGAGAGUUUGCGCAAGCAUGGGAAGAGUAAGGGUCCAUUGAAACCUGGAUUGUAUUUAGUUGGAACCCCUAUUGGAAAUCUUGAAGAUAUUACCUUGAGGGCUCUUCGUGUAUUAAAAUCUGCUAAUGUGAUACUUUCAGAAGACACACGGCAUUCUGGGAAGUUACUUCAGCAUUAUAAUAUCAAAACUCCACAGCUGAGUUAUCAUAAAUUUAAUGAGUCUCAAAGAGAGCAAAGGGUGUUAAGGAGGUUGAAAGAGGGUGAGGUUGUGGUGCUGAUUAGUGAUGCAGGGACACCAGGAAUUAGUGAUCCUGGUGCAGAAUUGGCGAAGUUGUGCGUGGAAGAAAAUAUUCCGGUUAUUCCAAUUCCAGGGCCUUGUGCUGUGGUUGCUGCGCUUUCUACUUCAGGCUUGGCUACUGAUGAGUUUACAUUUGGUAAUUUUGUUAGUGUGCCUAAUCAGUUUUGGCGGGGCACUCUAGGGGAGGCAAAAGAACGUUUUUUGAAUCAACAACCUAAGGGGGAGAUGACACUGCUAAUUGAAGGCAGGACAAAUUGUUCAGUUGAAACUCCGUCAGAAUUUCAGCUUGAGCAUGAAUUGGGAGAAUUGAUCUCCCAUGGGCAUACUCUAUCUACGGCAGUCAAAUUGGUGGCCGAAGGAACAUCAGUGAAGAGGAAAACAAUAUAUUCGUUGGCAUUGAAGAAAUUUGGGAAGCAACUUGAAGCGGAUGAUAAUUCAAAUUAG